GCGCUUUUGAAGGCAAAGCCAGGCCUCUUAGGGAGAAGAUGCCGCGAAGACCAUCGCAGAGGUGGAAAUCGGAAAUCCCAGUUGUACUUGUAUCACAAUCCCAAUUCAAUCAACUUUCUGUCAAAUUGAUGAUAGCAGAGAUUAAAUUAAGCUUCUGUGGUGACGUUGGGAGCAGAUGCUAUGGCGGAGAAUUGUAGCAGUUGCAGAAAGGAGGUGGAGAUCAACCUCAAAACCAUAGGGCCUGCACGUCCCUCUCGUCUUCGAGUUCCUUCUCCUAUCAAAGUGCUUGAUUUGAGAAACUUGAUUGCCAAGAAUGGCCAAUUACCAAUUGAUCAUUUGAAGCUUAUCUUGCGAGGGGAGAUACUUUGUGACAGAAAAAAUGAGGAUGAUGUGUACCUCUGGCUCGGUGAUGGAGAUUCCUUGAUAGUAGCUGUUAAACCAAAGCCUCCUGCUAAACAUGUUCGAAACGGAUUUGAUGACGAUGAUGACGAAGAUGAUCUGAAGUUUCAGAUUCCAGAAUCAGCAAGUUUGUGGAAGAAGAGGCUUUUCUCUUUUCUUCAUGACAAGUUGAAGCUGCCUCAUGUCCUGUUAAUGGCAAUUUUCUCCAUCAGUCUGAAGGCAUGGGUUCUUAUCAUUUUAUGGUUUGCACUGGCACCUGUUGCACACAGAUGGGAUGUUGGACCUUUAUAUAUACUAGGGACGGGGUUUUGUAUUAUUCUCCUUAAUCUUGGGCAGCGGCAACAUGGUGACCUCAGUGCAUAUUCGAUCUUCAAUGAAGAUUUCAGAGAGCUUCCUGGUACAUAUAAUGCAGAUCGUAUUGACAGAGAUGUACGGGCUGGUCAGUUUUGAAACUCUUGGAAGCUCUUCAAGCUCUAUUGCCUACAUCGUCGG